AUGAUUCAAAAUUUAAUUUUAUAUAACGGUGUCAAAUUAAAAAAUAUUUCUCUAAUUGGUAAAAGAUUUUUGAAAUUUAAAGAAUCCGUGACUUCAAAAUUGAAUCAAAAUGUAAUUACCGACUGCAACAGCAACACUGCCUUCAAUUUCAUUCGAAGGUUUUCGUCAGAAAUCAAAGAAAAUGAGAGAAGUUUAAAUUUUAAACAUUUUUUACGUAAUUCCCCAAUCGAGAGUUCUACCAAAUUAGCAAGAAACAGUUGUAAAGAGCAAGAGAAUGAUGCUGAUUACUACAAUGAUGGUUGUUGUUACUUCCCUGAAGAAGAUUGUGUUGGUGGGGAUGAAGUUGGAGAUAACAAAAAAGUUUUUAUUGAGGUCUAUGGCUGCCAAAUGAACAAUAAUGAUGCAGAAAUUGUUAAUUCAAUUUUAACAAAAAGUGGCUAUAAAAUUAUUGAUGAUAUUUCUCAGAGUGAUGUGGUACUACUAAUGACCUGUUCAAUUAGAGAGGGAGCUGAGCAGAAGAUAUGGAGACGUGUCGAAUAUCUCAACAACAUCAAAAGAUCUCGAAUAAGAGGGCAUAGAAAUUUCAAGAUUGGUAUAUUAGGCUGCAUGGCUGAGAGACUGAAACAGAAGAUACUAGAAAAAAAUGAUAGCAUAAAUUUAAUAUGUGGACCAGAUGCCUACAGAUCACUACCGAAAUUGCUGGCCGAUGUUGAAUCAGGAGGAUUAGCUGCGAAUGUUCAACUCUCAUUGGAUGAGACAUAUGCAGAUAUCCAACCAGUCAGAAGAGAGCCUAAUUCAGUUACUGCAUUUGUAUCGAUAAUGAGAGGCUGCAACAACAUGUGUACAUACUGCGUUGUCCCAUUCACGAGGGGCCGAGAAAAAAGUAGGCCAAUGACCUCAAUUUUAGAAGAAGUGAAACGAUUGGUUGAUCAGGGCGUCAAAGAUAUAACUCUUCUGGGGCAAAACGUGAACAGUUAUAGAGAUACAACGGCGCCAAAAUCUUUCACAUCAUUGGCUAUUGAGCCCAUUAGGACGGGGUUUAAAACUGUUUACAAGCAAGCUACCAGCCAAUCACAGGCCUGCUAUAGAUUUGUUGAUCUGUUGGAUCGAAUUUCAUUGGUCGACAAAGAAGUUAGGGUGAGAUUCACCUCACCUCACCCCAAAGACUUCCCUAAUGAGGUGAUACAACUAAUCUCCUCAAGACCAAAUAUAUGUCGCCAACUUCACAUUCCGGCCCAAAGCGGAAGUGACGCGGUUCUCGAGAGGAUGAUGAGAGGAUAUGACGUCGAAACUCCUGAUGUCAGUCUGUCCAGUGAUUUCAUUGCUGGUUUUUGCGGUGAGUCCGAGAGGGAUCACGAAUUGACGCUACAACUGAUGAGCGAUGUUAAGUACAACAUGGCUUACUGCUUUCCUUACAGUAUCAGAGAGAAAACUGGAGCCUACCGACGUCUAUCAGAUGAUGUACCUAGUGAGGUCAAGAAGAUUCGGAUGAUACAAUUGGUCGAUUGUUUCAGGUCAAACGCUGACCUUAUUAACAGGGCUAUGAUUGGCUCACAUCAGCUGGUUCUCGUUGAGGGAACGUCUAGACGUAAGAAGGACCAGUUGUACGGUAGGAACGACGGCAACACCAAGGUCAUCCUCGAUAACAAUAAAGAUAAUAAUAAUUGCAUAAAUUAUGAUAAUGAGGAGGAAAUCUCUGAGCCAAUCAGAGUGGGCGAUUACGUUCUGGUCGAGGUCGGAUUUGUUGAUUUCAUUGCAAUGGUUUGA